CAGGGCCUGGGGGACAGCUGGGACCCUGUGGGCUCCAGUCGGAGGACACUUGUCUCUGCCUUCUUCUCCUGUUGUUGGUGUUUCUGCUCAAAGCUGCCAGGAUGUGUGGCCGGUUCCUGAGGCGGCUGGUGACUGAGGAGAGCCGGCAUUCCACACCUGUGGGGCGCCUCCUGCUUCCUGUGCUCCUGGGAUUCCGCCUCGUGCUGCUGGCUGCCAGUGGGACAGGCGUCUAUGGCGAUGAGCAGAGUGAAUUCGUGUGUCACACCCAGCAGACAGGCUGCAAGGCUGCCUGCUACGAUGCCUUUCACCCCCUCUCCCCACUGCGCUUCUGGGCCUUCCAGGUCAUUUUGGUGACUGUGCCCAGUGCCCUCUUUAUGGGUUUCACCAUGUAUCAUGUCAUCUGGCAUUGGGAAGACUCAGGAAAGGUGAAGAGGGGAGAGGAGACCCUGAUCCAACAAGGAGAGGGUAGCAAGGAUGCCUCAGGGGCUGGAAGCCCCAAGUUGCUCUGGGCGUAUGUGGCACAGCUGGGGGUACGACUGGUCCUUGAGGGGGCAGCCUUGGGGGGGCAGUACCAUCUGUAUGGGUUCAAGAUGCCGAGUUCCUUUGCAUGUCGUCGAGAGCCCUGCCUUGGUAGUAUAACCUGUAAUCUGUCCCGCCCUUCUGAGAAGACCAUCUUCCUAAAGACCAUGUUUGGAGUCAGUGGGCUCUGUCUCUUGUUUACUCUUUUGGAGCUUGUGCUCCUGGGCCUGGGGAGAUGGUGGCGGACCUGGAAGCAAAAAUCUUCCUCUUCUCACUACUUCCCAACUUCAGAGAGCACCACAAGACACAAGGACCCAGCUGAUAACUUCCCAGUGGUGGAAUCAAAAGAGCAGUUCCGAGUAGCAGAGAUAUGAAGAUACUUGGCUCAACUCUGAAGGAAAUCCUACGAUUGGAUCUUCUUUCCAACAUCCAGUGAGUGGGGAUUUACCUCCAUGACAAAUUAGAGGCUGUUGAAGCAUCUCUAAAGGCUAUGGUGGGUCAUGCUGUCUAAAGCAUUUCCUUGAAGAACUCCUGUUUGUGCUUCCUCAUCAGAAUUCUCUGGUGUCAGUAUCACAGUUUUCCUGACCCUUGUCCUGCGCAAUAAAUAUUGAUUACUGUUGGUGGCA